AUGGUCCGCCGCGUCAAGGUAUCGCGCGCCCUCGGGCCGUCGCACGAUCCCACGCCAAUCUCCUCGACUCUCACGACACCUCUCAGUUCGGCCUAUCCUUCUACGUACGCUUCCGAGGUCGAUUGGGACAACGAGGUCAACAGUCUCCCAUUGAGUGCUCUCACGCUUGAGCAGAAGAAGGCCAGACGGAAGGCGAAACCCUUUCCGUUCAUGUCGCUGCCGUCUGAGCUUCGUCUUAAGGUGUACGACUACUAUUUCGAGGGCACUGGCGAGGUUAUUGAUCUCGACCCAGACAACUACAAGAAACUCCACAAAAAGCUCGGCAUACAGAGGGUUUGCCGCACCAUCUACCAAGAAGUAUCCCACUACUUCUACAGCAGCCGCUGCUUCCGAAUAUUCCCAACCCAUCCCGGCAAAUACUUCAAGACCAAGAAACCGCUGCUGGCUCGCCUCAAGCCUAACCCGAGAUCGCACCUCACGUCACUGGAGUUGCGUCUCGGCCCCGGCUGGAGUAAGCCGCCACGAGGAUGGGUCGUCAACCCUGGGCUGGGACUCCGCGAGUGUGUCAAUGUCCGCCGAUUGUUAGUCAUGGUCGAAUGUGAUCCAAGCGAUGGUAUCUUCAAUGGCUUCCGUCGAUCCGACGGAUUUUACGAGAGCUUCUGCCAGUCUCUUCUCACCGAGGUGAUGAACGAGAUGCCGUGGCUUGACACGGUCACGUUUGAUGCGUGGCCCAGCGUCAAGAAGUCGGGCGCAAUGAUGCGCGGACUUCUCGAAAUCACUGCGGCGAACAACCGCAAGAUCAACUGGGGUCCUGAAAGAGGAUGGACUGAUGGGCCUGACGAAGAACCCCAGCGCAGCAGUAACCUGGUGCUGGUGCCGCCGCCGACCGAAUUCAACACGUCUAGUGUAGGCGUUUUAGUGAUGGCCUGA